AUGUACGUGCCUGUUAUCUUCUUCUACAAAGCUGAACAUCUCGCAACCAUGUCACCACAGAUCAUCUCCGGGAAACUUAAGACCUCUCUGUCCCAGACUCUGUCACGGUUCUAUCCACUUGCUGGACGUAUAAAAGGCCUCUCGGUCAGCUGCAACGAUGAAGGAGCUGUCUUCACUGAAGCACGCACUGAUCUCCUUCUCUCCGACUUCUUGGAAAACAUGGUCAACAUGGACUCUCUAGACCGAUUCUCCCCGACCACCAUUGGAGAUUCUCCGACGGAGUGGCCGUUGUUAAGUGUCAAGGUCACAUUCUUCGGCUCUGGUUCAGGAGUUGCGGUCUCUGUCUCUGUCUCUCACAGGAUCUGCGACGCAGCCUCAUUGUUGACCUUCGUCACGGACUGGGCCACGACUACUGCAAAAGGGAAGUCAAAUGAUACUAUUCACUUUGCUGAGACGACCAUUUAUCCUCCUCCUGAUCAUGUCUCUUUACAGUUCCCACCUACGGAUUCCAAUAUUGUCAAUUCAACAAGCAAGUGUGUAACCAAUAGGUUAGUCUUCGAGUCCACUAAGAUUGCUGAGCUUAAACGCAAGGCCGCUAGCGAAAGUGUACAUGUACCUACUCGUGUGGAAGCAAUCUCCGCGCUAGUCUUGAAAUGUGCCAGGAAUGCCUCACGCUCUAACUCGGUGGUUCCAAGGAUUCCGUCUACUCUUUUGUCACGUGACGCGAUUGGAAACCUACAUACAUCAUUCUUUGUCAAGAAAGAUGCCGAGAACGACUUGGAUAUCUUUGAAACCGUGGCUGCAUUCAGGAAGGCCAAAGUAGGAGUCAACGAGAUGAUUAAAGAGAAUCUCGAAAGCAAUACACUUGGUCAGUAUUUGUUCAGUCUGAUGGGAAGUUUCGAGGCAGAGGUCAAACCGGACAUAGACAUAUACUCAAUGUCUAGCUGGUGCAGAAAGCCUUUCUACGAGGUUGACUUUGGAUGGGGUAGUCCGGUCUUGAUUGGAUCUUUCAACAAGAUGUUUGUCUGGCUGAUGGUCUCAAAAGAUGGUGAUUGUGUAGAAGUGUGGAUAGGCUUACCCGAGCAAGACAUGCAUACGUUCCUCCGUGACCAAGACUUGCUUGCUUAUGCCAUUGUAAAUCCCCCCGUCCUGAUCUAG